UAAAUCAGCUCUGAACUGGUCUAUAAGUUUAGCUCACAUAUGUUGUCUUCUGUGACAGCAUGGAUGACUACGGCCUAGUUAUCCCUAAACUGGGUAGGCUCUGAACCCCUCGCCGGCCAAAAUAUCAAGCUAGAAAUUUUGUUCAAUUAAAGCACUAAUUUCUUCAAUAAGAAAUGGCAGGACCAAUGGAAAGAAUCCAAGUUCUGGACGAUAUUGAAAAGGACAUUAUAACUUGCCUGCAAUGUGCUGCACAAGCACUUUUGGAAUUAGGCAAAGAAAAAUCCAGUCAAAAACAAGCUGAGACUAAUACAUCACAAUUCUUAAGAACUCUUAGUCAAGUGGAGUCCAAGUUGAGUGACCAGAUUAACUAUUUAACCCAAGUGUCUACUGGACAGCCACAUGAAGGGUCAGGAUAUGCAUCUCAGAAAGUUUUGCAGAUGGCUUGGCACAGACUUGAACAUGUCCGCUCUUGGGUCAAUGAAUUGGAUAGACUGAAAGCAUCACACUUGGCUGCAGCUAAUCGUCCAACACCAGGAAUUCCUAAUGGCAGUAUGACUUCUUCUGGAACUAGUACUUAAAUGCUUUUUAAUCUUUGCAUUAUACUUGUACAAAUUUUAAAAAAUAACAUGUCCAUGUAACCAUUCCUUGGGUUAUGUAUUUUAAUAUCUACAGCUAAAGCUCUUAUUAAAGUUAAAUAAUAAAUGAAUUAC